GCUCAUAGUCAGACUCACUUCCCUCACUGCCCCACCCUGAGCUCCUGCGCUGAAUUUUGACUAAGAUUGCAUGUGUUAGGACAGAAGAAGCUGUUCUCAUUCCCACAGUCAGUUGGACUUUGACUGUAGAUUUUCUGUCCAUAUCCACAUACCUACCAACAAUCACUUCAGGAUGCCUCUUGGGGGUGGAAACAAAUGUGGCUGCUGCCAGAAAACUGUGUACUUUGCAGAGGAAGUGCAGUGUGAAGGACGGAGCUUCCACCGAUCCUGUUUCCUGUGCAUGGUGUGCAGGAAAAAUCUAGACAGCACAACAGUGGCCGUCCAUGAGAAUGAGAUCUACUGCAAGGCCUGUUACGGCAAAAAAUAUGGGCCCAAAGGCUACGGCUACGGCGCUGGUGCAGGAACUCUGAGCAUGGACAAAGGAGAGGCGCUGGGCAUUAAAGCUGAGGAGCCUCAAGAGCACCGGCCAACCAAUAACCCCAACACAUCCAAGUUCGCUCAAAAGCUUGGCGGCUCUGAUGUUUGUCCACGGUGUAGCAAGGCUGUCUAUGCGGCUGAAAAAGUCAUAGGGGGAGGAAAUGCGUGGCACAGGGGUUGUUUCCGGUGUGCAAAGUGCGGAAAGGGGCUGGAAUCCACAACUUUAGCUGACAAGGAUGGAGAAAUCUACUGCAAAGGUUGCUAUGCCAAAAGCUUUGGACCAAAAGGCUUUGGAUAUGGUCAAGGCGCUGGGGCGCUGUCACACACUCAAUAGAUCAACCACAAUUUACCCUAUCUGUAGAAGCAGCUGAACACCUGAACACCACAAACUGGUGUCAGUCGAGAAGGAAAAAUGAGCUCAGAUGCUUCUAAUUCUUAAACAAGACGACACAUUCCACAAGACACCAUGUCAUUGUCUUAAACCCAUAAACAUCUCUUCUUAACUCUUGAACACCGCCAAAUGCUUGGAAGAAUGUCAAGUAUGUAAACAGAACACGGGAUUAACAUUUAAUCUGCUCACUUAAGAUGAUCACUUGAGUUUGCACAGAUUUAGUGGAACCUGAGCUGUGCUGUUACGUCAGUAUUACUCUGCUUAGAUGUACUCUAAUGGAUCUGCAUUUCCAGUUUACUAGUUGAGCACAUGCUUGUCUGAGCUUUAAUCACUAUAAAAAAUGUUCCCCUCAGCUCUACUCACAGCAUGAACGAUUCACAAGCACUGCCUGGAUAAAGAUGCACUAAAUUUAUUUCACUGUCAGUGGGGAAAUACUCCACAUAUGCAUUUUGCAUGGAAAUAGAAGUAAAAGUACAAAAUAUGCACAA